AAAUUUUUAUUUUUAAUUGACAUCUGCGGAGGAUAUCUCUCUGUUAUAGUACUACUACUAGUAAUUUUUUCUAUAUUUUUCUUUCUUCUUCUUCGUCUUCUUUCUUUCUUUAUUUGUUGGGUAAGAACAACUGGUCGGUCGGUCGGAGUAAGAUUAUUUUCUUUCUCCGUCUUCUUCCUCCUCCUCCUCUUCCGAUAUUUACUAGGUAGGUUGUAACAAUAAUACUAAUAAAACUAGGAUUAGUGCCAGAAUCCAUUCAGAUCUACUGCUAUUAUUCCUCUCUCUUGAAUCAAUUCAAUUCCCCCAGUGUGUGUGUGUUUGAGUUUUGACUUCUGCCAAGAUCUGACCAUAAACACCAUCAUUCAAACGCACCUACUCAGAAAUUUUUUGUUCUCCCAAGAAUUGCUUUUGAAUUCGAGAGUUGACGGCUGGGAUAUAGAUGGCUUCUUCUUCAUCUUCUAGUAACCCUUGAAACAGGAGUUCUGUGUGGAGGUUGUAUUUUGUAGUAGAGGAAUUUUUUUGGGGGUAAUAUGGAAGAGAUUGGCACCCAUGUAGCGUCUCCAAUUUUCAUCCGCCAGGCAUCAUUUGCCGUCGGUGCUGGUGGAGGUGGCAGCGCCCGCUUCUGCAGUCAGCAUCCCGCGCCCAGAAAGCGCAGCCUUCCCUUCACGCAACAGCAACAGCACCAGCAAAAACCCUCCGACGCCUGGACUUCAAAGCAAUGGGAAUGGGAUAGCAUGAGGUUUAUUGCCAAACCGCAUGAAUGUCAUGUACCGCCGCCUCCUCCCGUGAUGCAGCAUCGUCAUCAUGCGAGAGUAAUGCAGGAGGAGCAGGAACUUAAUACUGCCCCCACCACGAGUGGUUUGAACAACACCUCCAAGUCAUGUCAUGCGGGUGAAGGCUCUGAUCAUCUUCGGCUAAAGCUUGGAAGUGAUAGUGGAAGUGGCGGUAAAGCUGGUGACGCCGCUGGCACCAGCACCAGCUUUAAUUCAACUGACGAACCUGUGUCAAGGCCCAACAAAAGAGUCCGAUCUGGAUCUCCUGGAAGUGCUACCUACCCUAUGUGCCAAGUUGAUAAUUGCGAGGAAGAUCUAUCUCAUGCCAAAGACUAUCACCGACGCCAUAAGGUGUGUGAGUUUCACAGCAAAGCUACUAAGGCCUUGGUCUCUAAGCAGAUGCAAAGGUUUUGCCAGCAGUGCAGCAGGUUCCACCCGCUUCCAGAAUUUGACGAGGGUAAGCGAAGUUGUAGGCGUAGACUUGCUGGGCAUAACCGUAGGAGGAGGAAAACUCAGCCAGAGGAUGCUGCUUCACGAGUAUUACUCCCUGGGAGCAGUGAGAAAGGCAUCAAUAGUGACUUGGACAUUGUUAAUCUGCUUGCUGUUCUGGCUCGUGCACAAGGAAACACUGAGGACAGGGGUUCUACAUUACCUGACAAAGAUCAGCUUCUGCAAAUUCUUGCAAAAAUAAAUGCAUUGCCUUUACCAGCAAAUUUAGCAGCAAAGUUGCCCAUUUUCAGCAAUUUGGGCAGGAGUGUACCUAAUCAAGUACCCCCUCAAAAUCAGAGCCACUUGGAUGAAAAUAGUUCUCCAUCAACUAUGGACUUGCUUACGCUUCUAUCAGGAACUCCCCCUGUGUGUGCUCCUAAUAAGAUGGAGAGUGAACCUGAAAGAAGCAGCCAGGGGAGUGACUCUGAGAAAACCAACUCUGCUUGCUCUGAUCAAGCUGCAUGCCUCAAUUUGAACAGUGGGCCUGCUAUGGAAUUCCCUUGCAUCGGAGGAGAGAGAAGCUGUUCAAGCACACAAUCUCCUGUUGAUGAUUCAGAUUGUUGUGUUGAAGAAAUACAUCCACAUCUACCGCUACAGCUCUUCAGCUCUUCACCUGAGGAUAAUUGCCCACCAAAACUGCCUGCUAGUCGAAAAUACUUCUCUUCUGACAGCAGUAAUCCCUCUGAAGAAAGAUCACCUUCAUAUUCACCGACUGUUGUGCAGAAGCUGUUCCCGGUGAAGAGAGGAACCUUGAAGCAGGGGAACACAUUGAGUGAUGGAGAUGGUGAUGCAAAUUCUAGAGCUAUUCGAGAUGCUGGUUGCAAUACAUCACUCCAGCUCUUUGCUGGUUCGAGUGUGGGAAAUGAUGUCGGUUCAAUUCAAAGUUUUCCUUUCCAAGCAGGUUACACAUCGUCUUCUGGCUCCGAUCAUUCACCAUCUAGCAUGAAUUCGGACACCCAGGAUCGUACUGGUCGGAUUAUCUUCAAACUUUUUGACAAGGAUCCCAGUCAUUUGCCUGGAACAUUGAGAACGCAGAUUCACAAUUGGCUUCUCAACAGCCCGUCAGAAAUGGAAAGCUAUAUUAGGCCUGGUUGUGUGGUUUUGACAGUUUAUGUAUCAAUGCCAUUAUUUUCAUGGGAGCAAUUUGAGGAUAAGUUGCUUCACUAUGUCAAGUCUCUGAUCAGAGAUUUCAACACCGACUUCUGGGGGAGCGGGAGGUUUUUACUCUACACUGGAAAACAAUUAGCUUCCCAUGUGGAUGGGAAGCUUCGGAUCUACAAGACCAAGAGAGCAUGGCGUUCCCCAGAAUUGCUGUCUGUCUCACCUUUGGCAGUUGUACACGGCCAAGAGACCUCUCUUUUGCUUAGGGGGCGCAACUUGAACGUGUCAGGCAUAAAGUUUAAUUGCUCGCACACAGGAGACUACACAGUUGAAGAUGUUUCAGGACCAGCAUGUCAGGAACCUGAAUACAAUGAGAUAAACUUGUGCAAUUUCAAAGUUUCUACUACAGCAUCUGUACUUGGGCGUUGUUUCAUUGAGAUUGAGAAUGGCUUCAGAAUCACCAGUUUUCCAGUUAUUAUAGCCGAUAAGCCCAUCUGUCAAGAACUGAGGCUCCUUGAGUAUGACUUUAGCGAGGGUGCAAAAAUGGAGGAUAGUAUGUCAGCCUAUUAUCAGCAUGGUCCUGGAAGGCCUGGAUCGAGGGAAGAGGUUCUCCACUUCUUGAAUGAACUUGGGUGGCUAUUUCAAAGGAAAUGCAACUCUUCCUUACUUGAGGGUCCAGAUUACAAGAUCAGUCGUUUCAAAUUUCUGUUUAUUUUUUCAGUAGAGCACGACUUCUGUUCUUUGGUGAAAAGUCUUCUGGACAUCUUACUUGAAAUUAACUUGGGUAAAGAAGGGUUGAAGAGAGUGUCUUUGGAGAUGCUAUCCGAAAUUCACCUCUUAAACAGAGCUGUUAAGAGGAGGUGCAAGAACAUGAUUGAUUUACUCCUAAAUUAUUCCAUAGAUGACUCUAGUGAUACCUCCAAGCAUUACAUCUUCACACCAAAUCAUGUGGGACCUGGUGGUGUUACACCUUUGCAUCUGGCUGCUUGUGCAUUCAGAUCAGAUGAUUUGGUUGAUGCCCUGACAAGUGAUCCACAGGAGAUUGGGCUGCACUGCUGGAAGUCCCUUCAUGAUGCAAAUGGACUGUCCCCUUACGCAUAUGCUGCAAUGAGGAACAAUCACUCUUAUAACAGGCUAGUGGCGCAGAAGCUGGCUGAUAAGGAAACUGGUCAAGUCUCGGUAUCAGUUGGGAAUGAGAUUGAGCAAUUAUGGUUGGAGGUGAAUCAGGAUCAUGGGCCUUCAUUUCAUAUAAAGCGGAGCCAAAAACCUUGUUCUAAGUGUGCAGCUGUAGCGAUGAGAUACAGGAGGAUUCCAGGUUUGCAAGGCUUGCUUCACCGACCCUACAUUCACUCAAUGCUUGCUAUUGCUGCCGUGUGUGUUUGUGUCUGCCUGUUCCUCCGUGGUGCCCCUGAUAUUGGUUUGGUCGAACCUUUCAAGUGGGAGAACUUGUGUUACGGUCCUAUUUAGUUGGAGAUUAUAAACAGGAGAUAUUUAUCUCCUGAUGAAAUGGAGUGCUGGACUUGGUUAACUUAAUUUGCAGCAAGAACUCGUGGUUUUUUUGGCUACAAGGAGGUUACUGUUCUCUACACGCUGCUUGUGGUGUCUGAAACUAUAAGGUGGAUAUAAAUUUUUUUCAGAGCUUAGAUAUGGAUUGUGACGGGGUUCAGUUGCUUUUGAGUUCAUUGUCCUCGAAGGAGUAGAUAUUGCUGAUCAACUAAUCUAAUUUCCACAUGGCAUCUGAUGAGCUACGAGUUGGAACAUGCAAGAUGAAGAGCCUGUUUUGACGCAUGAUGAGGCUGUCGAAAAGAGUAAUGGCAGCGUAAGCAAUUGCACCGAGUCCGAAUUUAAUAUUAACAUAACACUAUUCUGGUGGUCUUUACCUAUAAAUCUUCUGUUUAAAUCUGGAGUUGAUAAAUUCCGACUGGAGUUGAUUUUGUCAUUGUAAAGAAUGGGUAGGUGAUUAGGAUUUACAGUGUUUUUAUAGUUCUAUAGUGAAAUAUAUAUAUAUAUAUAUAUAUUUUUUUUUUACAAGGCUGUUAGAACAAGUUUGGUGGUCCUGGUAACUUUUUAAUGUUUCCUAUAUUUUGUGAAGUAACUGGGUGUAUUUGGCGGAAGAAAGUAAAAAAUGGUGUAUGAUCACGGAA